UAAACUCCAGUCAAUCCAAAAUACAAAAAUUGCCCCCAUCAUACCAAUCUGUCCUCUUUACGUCUGUGUUAAAAGCCGAUCAGUAAAAUGACUGGUUCAUUCAGUGUGAAGCUGAAAUCGAAAAAAGGUCAAUUCAUUGUCAAAGAUUUGAACCAGAAUACGACGCUUGGGGAACUGAAGACGAGAAUAGCCCAGGCGACAGCCAUACAGGAACUGCAGCUGCACGUGCUGGUCGGCUAUCCACCCAAACCAUUGGACCUCUCCGAAAAUCGGGAAAAUCAGAACCUCAAGACUGUGGGCAUCAACAGCGGUGAGACCUUGAUUGUGGAAGAAAAGGCUGGUGCUGCUGGCCCCACUUCCACACCCAUUGCCAGUGGCAGUGGCAGUUCAACUAUGGAGGAUGACGAGGCGCUGGCGCGUCGUCUGCAGGCUGAGGAGGAUGCGGAACAUCUGCGUCAGGUAUCCAGCGGAGGCAGCAUAGAGACGGGCGCUUUAAAUAUCGUUCAAUCGUUGGAGCCAGUGAUUUCACCCGAAGAGUCUGGACCCAACGGCAACUUCAAUGGCAUUCUACUGAAAAAGGUGGUGCCGGCGGAUAACUCAUGCCUCUUCACAAGCAUUCGCUUCGUCCUUAACGGCAAGGUGGACAAUGAAGGCAGCGAAAUGAUGCGGCACAUCAUAGCCCAAGAGGUGUCUGCCGAUACCCAGCAGUACAAUGACGCCGUGCUGGGCAAGUCCAACUCCGAUUACUGCGCCUGGAUACAGAAGGCCGACUCGUGGGGCGGUGCUAUUGAGGUCUCCAUACUGUCCAACUACUACGGCAUCGAGAUCGAUGUGGUGGACAUACAGAACGCCAUCAUCAACCGCUUUGGCGAGGACAAGAACUUUGGACUCCGCGUCUUCCUCCUCUUCGAUGGCAUCCACUACGAUCCCCUGUACAUGGAGACCCAGCAGAACUCGGUUCCGGCCACCAUUUUUCCAGUGGAGGAGAUGGGCGUAUACCAACAGGCCGAACAGAUAGCCAACGAGGCUAAGUCCUCGCGCCAGUUCACCAACGUUGACAAAUUCACCUUGCGCUGCAUGGACUGCGAUGUGAUGCUGGUGGGCCAGGGCCAGGCCCAGGAGCACGCCAAGAAAACCGGGCACGAGAACUUCGAGGAGAUUUAAUACGUCCUGAUUUUCGGAACCAUUUAUAUUUUAGCGUUCAUUCUGUUUGCCUACUACCUACUCACUACCUAGUGAUGCCUACAUUUCUGGCGACGGUGCACAACCCCACCGCUUUUAGCUAAAUUAUACAUCAUGUUUUUAAAUUUUAAAUUAUUUGAUUUGCAAAAAUUAUAGUAUAUUAUAUUUCUUUAUCCCCUCUUGGAUCGCAAUAAAAAUUGACAUUUA